AUGGCAGAGAAGAGGACGUUUGAUGCUGCAUUCGAGGGGCACUUGCCCAUGUCGUGCACCAGAAUUCUACGAGCAGCUCAAAGCAACCGUGGGAGAGAAGCAUGUGCCGAGUGUUUUGCCGAGUGCAUUUCUGGGAAAGGGGCGUCUUGGGAAUGUGCUUGCUCAUACACUGCUCCUGUGAAAGCUCCGAGUGGCCCGCCGGCAAUAAAUCUGACUGCCACUGGCAAGCUGCCGCGGAAGGUUGGGCCUUCUUGGGUUCAGCGACAGUCGGAUAACAGGCAUGCGGCUGUCAUGAAGUGGCUUCGGAUUGCGAAAGAGGGCGGCGACUUCUUCGGGGUCUGUGCCAGAGUGGCGAAGGAUGCUGAAGCUGGAUUGCCGGCCUCCCUGCAGGAGUCUCUAGGAGAUGUUUUCUCGCUUAAGGCGAGCAGUACGCUUCACAGCAGGGCGGGCCCGGUCCUAAGAUACAUGGCAUUCUGCUGGCGCAUCAGAGAACAGCCUUUUCCUUUGUCUGAGCAGAAGAUGUAUCGCUUUGUCCAAGAGUAUUGCAGUGGGGCUGCUCCUACCUUUGCAUCCAGCUUUAUGAGUUCCGUUGGCUUCAUGCAAUAUGUCUUGGAGGCGAAGGUCCCGGACGGUUGUGUUAGUAGCAGGUUGGCUGGCGCGGUUUCGAAGCUCUACUUGGAGAAGAGAAAGCUGCAACAGAAGCCGCCAUUGACGGCUUCACAGGUGCGGGCUCUGGAGCGAAUCGUGCUUGGACUUAUGCCUGAAGUCCGCGCAGAUGUCGAUCGAUACGCGGAUUCUUGGGCGAUGGCCUGGAUGGAGGUAGCCGGCAGGGCUGGGCCUGCAUGGGGGCCUGACAUGCCCCUGCUACCGUCCCCCACCGAGGGGGGCCAAUGGCAGAAGGCGCCUAUGUCUGCGCAAGCCGGAGCGCGGUGGCUUCGCCACCUUCUCUAUCGUGCAGGCGAGGAUGUUUCGUUGGUCAAGGCCGCUGGUACUCACUCCUGCAAAGCUACGCUCUUAUCUUGGAUGUCUAAGUGGGGAGCUAGUAAGGAAAUCCGGUCGAUACUCGGAUAUCACUCCAGUGCCAACGCCGGCACGGAUGUUAUCUACGCGAGGGACAGCGUCUCCCCUGCGUUGCGUGAGUUGGAGGAAAUGGUCUCUGCGGUCGCUUACAGGCGGUUCUUCCCUGACGCCACGCGCUCGGGCAUGUUUGCGGAGUCUUUGGCUGCCAGGGGAGAAGCUCAUGACAACGCCGAGGUCGGCUCAGAUUCUUCUUCCGACAGGAGCGAUGAUGAGGAGGAGCCAGAUAUUCUCGAGGAGGAGAAGGUCGUUGAGGACAGUGUCGGCGAAUUUGAGCCGAGCGGCUGCCUUCGAGAAAAUCUGGAGGGCAAGACGGUCUUUCGGCAUGUUACCACCCGCUUCAUACACUUGGUCGCUUCUGAGGAGGGCACAAAUUUUAAGUGUGGCAGACAGAUUACAUCGUCUUACUUGGAGUGCAACGCGACUCCCAGGUUUUUGCAUCCAAUCUGCAGGCAGUGCUUUCCUGAGGCGAGGUGA